AUGGAUAUUGAUUCCGAACCGUUAUCAUCAAUAGCCGGUAUGUCAAGUUUAGAUGAAGAUUUAAUGGAACGAUUACGUUCAAUAACAACUUGUAAUCGUGAAGAUUUAAUUGCACAAUUUCGUUCAACAACGAAUGCUAUGUUAACAGAUGAAGGUUGUGGAUUUUUUCUUGAAAUGAGUAAUUGGAAUUUAAAUGAAGCUAUACUCGCUUAUUAUGAUGCGGAAAUGCCAACAGAUAAAAUACCUCAAAUGAGAUUUAUUGCUGAUGUUACUGUUGGAGAAGGUGAAGCUAUUCCACCUAAUACACGAUUUAUUAAAACUUGGAGAGUUGAAAAUUCUGGUACUGAACGAUGGCCAAAUAAUUGUUCAUUACGUUUUGUAAAUGGUGAUCGUUUACAAGAUCGAGAUGAAAUCUAUGUUAGUUCAUUAGCACCUGGUGAACAAACAAAUAUUUCAGUUAAUAUAACAAGUCCAAAUGUAUCACGUAUUAUUAGAUCACAAUGGCGAUUAUUUACAUCAGCUGGUGUACCAUUUGGAGAUCCUAUUUGGUUAAUUGCCAGUGUUGAAGAAGGAGGUAUAAUGGGUAUUACACAACAACUUGAACAAUGUCAUUCUCUUGGUACGAACAUAAAUUAUCCCUCACAUAUGAAUAAUCCAACGGGUAUACAAUCAUCACAUAAUUUACUUUUUCAAUCAUCGUCUAUAAAUCCAUUGCAAUCUACUCGAUGUAAUUCAAAUCCAAAUAUGUCAAAUGGAACAGAAUGGAUGAGUUAUCCACUUGAAUAUUCUCGAACAAGUAAUAUCAAUCAUCCACCACCAUCAACAGAUUCAAUUAAUUGUUUAUCAUCAUGUAUAUCGAGUCCUGGAGAACAACAAGGAGGUGAUAGUGAGAUUGAUAAAAUAACGCCAUCAUCACCAAAAUCAGAUUCAAAUACAUUUAUUGGAAAAGAUAGACUUCUUGAACAAUUUAAACAACAAUUAAAACAAUUUGAAGAAUGGAAUCAACGACGAGAUUGGCUUGCAUUUCAUCAUCAUCAUUAUGAUUGGUGGAUGUUUCCUAUUGAUGAAAUCAGUAGUCGAGGUUCAACUUAUCAAUUACCCGAUGCUGUAAUAAAUGAUCUUAAAAAGAAUGAAGAAUUUAUUAAAGAUCUUCGUCAAGGUGUACGUCUAAUGGUUCGAAGUUGGGGUUGGGAUAUUGAUAAAGGUCAAUUAUUUGACAAAUUAGAUGAUAAACAAAAAUGGUCUUAUUGGCCUGUUCGAUUAUAUAAAGCGGGUAGAUGUAUGUGGCUAUUCGAUCAAACAGAUUAUUAUCAAUCAUUAAAAAAAUUAGCAUAUUAUGUUAAAGAAAACGAAAAAGAAAAACUUGAUUUUUUUUCACAUACAAAAAAUGGUAAAGCUGAUGUACUUCAACAAUGGAAGGAAAUGGAACAAACAAAGACUUUUUAA